CUUACAAAGUUAUUGUAACUGCCCAUGAUUUAAUGCACUCGCUUUGCUUGCCCUAAUUGGAGUCACCACAGGAGGGCGCUCUAGACUAAUAGGAUUUAAGUGAGACAAAGCAGAGUAAAAGCAAUUCACAUUUGUUCACAAGCUAACAGGUACAGCUCGGAAGAAUGCCUUGAGCUUUUAGUGUCCCUUCGGCAAGCAGAGCGAGUUUUACGGUGCUUUUGGUGCUUUCGGUGCUUUGGUCUUUUGAUGCUUCGGUGUAUACAACAAAGAACUGAGACGAUGAUUUAUGUGAUAAACUUUAUUGCAUCCAAGUAAACCAUUUUAAAUGCACCCGUCAAAAACUCUCUGCCUAUUUAUUGAAAGCUGAAGGGCUGCUACAGUAAAACUCGCUGCUACACAUGGCUUUUGCAUCGCGUUGGUGAUUCAUCACAUGAGUGUCAUGUUACAAGCCUUCAUCUCGUCUGUGGCACUGCAUGGCAUCUACAAGAGACUGAAUCUACACUAGGACGGCGACUUUACACGGUUAACUGGGAAAACUCUUCAUGAAAGACUGAAAGGUGACUGCAAACAAACGUUGUGGACUCAGAGGUACAAGAAAGGGAAAAAUAGUUAUCUAUUUAUUACUUUUGGGAUAAUUGCAAUUUUUAAAGAAAAAAAAGGAUUUAUAUUUGUAUGCUUUGAUGAAUUUGUAUGCAGUAAUUGAAGUUUGAGAAUGAGGAGUGACUAAUGAUUUAAGUGCUCAUGUUUCAAGGUGUUUGUAUAAUGUUGGGCUUAUAUUCAUGAUGCAUGUAUUAGACAAAUGUUUGCAAUUUUAAAGUGCUUAAAGUCUUAAGAGUUUAACUGUUGUUGCACAUGUGAUUUGACUUAUUACCUUUGCUAUAAUAUUUUUAAAUUUGUCUGAUGUAAGCAGGUUGCUGAUUUAAGUUGUAGACAGACAAAAUGGACGACACAGCGGAGCAAAUGGCAGCACAAGCAAGUCAAAGGUCAGUUCUUGAUAAAGAUCUGAAUAGUACAACAGAAAUGCAACAGGUUAGAUCAAGAUCAAGCUCUCGAAAAAGAAAUCCCACAGAAAAGGGUUUAGAAAUGCAAAAACAAGAGACAAAAAAGCACGAGAAAGCCUUUAAUAAAGCUUAUACUUCCUGGAAACAGACAGCUUAAGAAAUUAGAUGUAAAUUAAAAGCCUUAUGCACAUGUGAAGAGCUUGAGCAAAUUUUGAAAGACAUUCAAACUAGUCAGGAUGUUGUCACUCAACAUUAUGCCCCAUUACUGCGUAAUCAAACUGCUACUCCAGAGAUUGUAAGAAGAGUAGAUGUUUGUUCCAUAUUGAGUACAGAAAUUUGUGAUUUGGUGAGCAAACGAAUAGAAACUGUUGAUGUCAUUCAAAAAAGGGAAGUAGUUAAAGAGAGAGUUAGGCAGAUAUUGAACAAAGAGGAGUAUGAGUCUAUAUUUGGUUGUACCAAUACAGAGACCAUUAUCUCAGUAUCGUCACAGACUGUAGAAAGUUUGUCAGCUGUCUCAGAAACUUCCUCUAAGGCUUCAAGUAAACGAGCUGAUGCAGAGGCAGAACUUGCGGCUAAAGUAGAGCAGAAAAGGGCCAUUCAAGAAAUUUCCAAUCAGCAAGCUCGACUAGUUAAACUGGAGAAUGACUGGAAGCUGGAAGAAGCAAGAAUGUUAGCGGAUAUUAAACAGAAAGAAAUUGAAAUGCGCUCCAAGUUAGAAGAAGAAAAAGCAAAAUUGCAAUUGUUACAAACGGAAAAAGAUGUCAACAUAGCUGCAGCUCGAGUUAAAGCUUAUAACAAUGUAGAAAGUUGUCUUGAAGAGAGCAGUUUGGAAGACGACGAGACCGGAAAUGUCAUUUAUCCUGAACGAAGAAAAGCUUCAAACAAACCUCAACGUAAUCCUGUGAUAAAUCCAUUACCUUCACAAACAUUUCAAGAAGAAAGGAAAACUAAAGAGACUGAGAAUUUAGCUCAAGCAUUAGUGAACUCCUUAAGUAUAAGUUGUUUACCUGUUCCAGAACCAACCACUUUUAAUGGCGAUCCUCUGAAGUUUAUUGAAUGAAAAAUGUCCUUCACAGCACUCAUUGAUUGUAAAUCCAUCCCAGCAAGUGAGAAAAUGUUCUAUUUAAAAACCUAUCUUGCAGGAGAAGCUCGUAAGGCCGUAGAAGGGUUCUUUUAUAAGAACUCGGAUAAUACAUAUCAGGGUGCUUGGAGAGUCUUGGAGGAGAGGUAUGGAAACCCAUUCAUUAUUCAGCGUGCUUUUCGAGAGAGACUCAUGAGAUGGCCCAAGGUGGGAGUAAACGAUCCAUUUUCCUUGAGAGAGUUCAGUGAUUUCUUGCAAGGUUGUGUUGAAGCUAUUCCACAAGUCAAAGGUUUGUCCAUCUUGAAUGAUUGUGAGGAAAAUUACAAGUUGCUUAAGAAGUUACCAGAAUGGAUUGUCCGUAAAUGGAACAGAAUUGUUGUUGAAGAGUUGGAUAUGACAGGAGACUAUCCAAGUUUUAAGCAAUUUGCUGAAUUCUUGAAGAAGGAAUCAAAGAUAGCUUGCAACCCUUUCACUUCUCCACUGCUAGCCAGUUCAAAGGUUCCAGAUGAAAAGUAUCUGAAAAGAGCAAAAGCUUUCAAUAUUAAGGCUCAAGUAAAAGAUUCAAGACCAGAAUUCAAGGUAACAUCACCAUGUUCUGUGUGUAAGAGUGAAAUGCAUAGUAUCGUCAAAUGUCCUAUCUUUGCAUAGAAGCCCAUGGAUGAUAAAAGAUCUUUCAUUCGUGAAAAUCACAUGUGUUUUGGAUGCUUGAGAAGAGGGCAUAUUUUUAGGGACUGUAGGAGACGGCAUAUUUGUGGAACAUGUGGACUGCGUCAUCCAACUUGUCUGCACGAAGAUAAAAGCAAACAUUCAGAGGUAUCCCAAGCAGAUAUUACAUCAGAAGCAUAUACAAGUCAAGAGGGCCAAAGGGCAAUGUCUUAUGCAGUAACACAACAUGUCUCUGCUACUUCUAGUAUUGUUCCAGUGUUUAUCUCCACAGUAGAAGACCCACAAAAUGAGAUCCUUACCUAUGCCUUACUCUACACAAAGUGACACAAGCUUUAUUUUGAAGGAUUUUAUUGAUGAGCUGCAAGUGAGCAGUCAAGCGGUGAAGCUGAAACUCAGUAAUAUGACAACUACAGACACGAUUACUUCAAAUAACAAGGUUGGUGGUCUGCGAAUCCGAGGACUUCAAGGUGGGAAAUGUAUCCAAAUACCUCAAGUGUAUACGUGUGAUUUCAUUCCUGUGGAUAAAGCUCACCUUCCAACGAAGAAAACUGCAUUAUGCUGGUCUCAUCUUAAGCACAUAGCCAAUGAAAUGCCACCACUUCAGAGUUGUGAUAUAGGACUAUUGAUUGGAUAUGACUGCCCUUCAGCGUUGGCUCCCCUAGAGGUCAUAAUUGGUAAGGAAAAUGAGCCUUUUGCACAGAAAACCGCGCUGGGCUGGAGCAUUAUUGGUCUUUGUAAUCCCCACUUAGACAGACAAGGAAGUCAAAGUUUUGUUCAUCGAGUGUCUGUGAAAGAAAUGAGAGUUCCAACAGCUAAUGAUGUCUUGAAAGUUUUGGACUUCAAUGAGAAAAGUUAUGAAGACAAAUAUGUGUCACAGGAAGAUGUCCGCUUAAUUCGUUAUCUCAGUGAUAACAUCAAGCAUAAAGAAUAUGGACAUUUUCAGUUACCUCUUCCUUUCAAGAGCAGUAAUCCACCUUCACUCCCUAACAACAAGAGGCUGGCUUUAUUACGUCUGCAGCAUUUAGGUAAGAAGUUAAGGUCAAAUCAACAGUACUAUGAGAAUUACAAGAUUUUUAUGGAAGAAAUGCUCAACAAGGGAGAUGCAGAGAUUGCUCCAGUAAUACCUGAUAAAGAAACAGCUUUGUAUAUACCACAUCAUGGAGUUUACCACCCUCACAAGCCAGACAAGUUAAGAGUAGUAUUUGAUUGCUCAUCAAAAUUCUGUGGCAUAUCUCUUAACAAUACUCUUCUUACUGUCCAGAUUUGAUUAAUUCUCUGGUGGGAGUACUUUGUAGAUUCAGGAAGGAAGCCGUUGCUGUGACAUGUGACAUCGAAAAAAUGUUUCAUCAAUUUCAUGUCCCCCUUGAAGAGAGAGAUUAUUUAAGAUUCCUAUGGUGGAGGAAUGGGGAUUUGAUAAAAGAGCCCAUUGAAUAUAGAAUGACUGCAUCUUUUUGGUGCAGCUUCAUCUCCUGGGUGUGCGAACUUUGGCCUGAAGUAUCUCGCAGAGAAGUAUAAAUCUGAGUAUUCUGAAGCUUCUUCAUUUGUGAAAAAUAACUUUUAUGUGGAUGAUGGCUUAAUUUCAGUUCCAUCUAUACAGGAAACUAAAGAUUUGAUUGCAGAUGCUCAAACCCUGUGCAAGCUUGGAGGGUUACGUCUCCAUAAGUUUAACUCAAAUGAGAAAAGUCUUGCGCUGUGUUGAUUCGUCAGAAUGGGCGGUUUCUUCUAAGCCACUAAAUUUGACUCCUGAAUCGUCUGGGCAUGUUCUUGGCAUACAGUGGUCUACAAAGGAUGACACAUUCAGUUUCAACACUCAAUUUAAAGAUCAGCCUGCAACACGUCGAGGUAUCUUGUCAAUUGUAUCUUCCUUAUACGAUCCCAUUGGAUUUGUUGCUCCUUUCCUUUUGAAGGGAAAGUGCAUUUUGCAGGAGCUCUGUCAGAGAAAUAUGGAAUGGGACGAUUCUCUCCCUGAUGACUUAAUUCCACGGUGGGAGGAGUGGAAAAAUAGUCUCCAGGACUUGAAAGAUUUUACUGUUCCAAGAUGUUACUAUCCUUCGUCCUUUAGUAAGAUUGUAUUGACAGAGUUGCAUCAUUUCUCAGAUGCAAGCAACCUUGGUUAUGGUGCAUGUUCCUACUUAAGAGUCAAGAGUGACAUAAAAGAAGUGCACUGUUGCCUAGUAAUGGCCAAGGCUCGAGUGGCACCUAUAAAAAUCAAGAGUAUUCCAAGACUGGAAUUGGCUGCUGCGGUGAUUUCUGCUAGACUGAGUGUUUUGCUAAAAGCUGAACUGCAAAUGAUGAUCGAUCAAGAGUUCUUUUGGUCUGAUUCACAAGUUGUUCUUGCAUAUCUCAACAAUGAAGCAAGAAGGUUUCACGUGUUUGUCGCUAAUCGUGUUCAAUUGAUCAAGGAAAUUACAAAUACAAGCCAGUGUUAUCAUGUCAACACAUCUCAAAAUCCUGCUGACCAUGCCUCUAGAGGUUUACUCAUUUCAGAGUUGAGAUCUACUAACUGGAUGACUGGACCUACAUUUUUAUGGGAGCAAGAAGUGUGUCCAGCUCCAAACACUUCAACUAAAUUACUAGUAGGAGAUCCUGAAGUCAAACUUGUACAGGUACGGCUGACUAAAAGUUGUGAUACUGCUAACUUCCUUGAUCGAUUUGGCCACUUCUCUUCCCUGAGAACUCUAAUCAAUGUUGUUGCUCGAAUAAAAAGGCUAGCAUUAAGGAAGAAAUGUCUUAAGGAUAUUGUCACCGUUGAAGAACGCAAGUGUGCAUUACAGGCUGUGAUUAAGCUUAUUCAAGAACGAGCCUUCUCCCAAGAAAUCCAAACAAUCCAAGGAGGUAAGGCUCUUCAGAAAUCCAGUUCACUUUUCCACCUGGAUCCCAUCUUGAAAAAUGGUCUUCGUGUUGGAGGAAGGUUGAAAGGGUCAUCUCUUAGCGAAGAGGUCAAACAUCCAUUAAUUUUGCCCAAAGAGAGCCACAUUACCGACCUUAUUCUAAAACACUAUCACAGCAAAAUUUGCCAUCAAGGAAGGUCCCAAACGCUUAUGGAACUCAGGACACAUGGAUUUUGAAUUAUUGGUGGCAGUAAGUCGGUUGCUAAGUUAAUCUACAACUGCGUUCAAUGUCGGAAACUAAGGCGACCAGUGGAGGAACAACAAAUGGCAGAACUUCCAAAAGAACGUACUGAAGCCUCUUCCCCGUUCUGCUACACGGGUAUGGAUUGUUUUGGUCCAUUUAUUAUAAAAAAGGGACGAAAGGAGUACAAAAGGUACGGCCUUUUCACUUGCCUUUCAUCACGAGCAGUCCACAUUGAAAUGCUGGAAGACCUAUCAACAGACAUGUUCAUUAAUGCUUUGAGAUGUUUCAUAAGUCUGCGAGGAGCUGUUCGUCAACUUUAAUGUGACUGUGGUACAAACUUUGUAGGAGCUAGAAAUGAAUUCAAACAGGCUCUUAAGGAAUGCGAUGUCAAAACACUGGAGGGAUAUCUUGCGGAAAAUCAGUGUGAGUUUAUCUUUAAUGCUGCCUCAGCUAGUCACUCAGGAGGUGUCUGGGAACGCCAAAUUAGGACUGUGCGUAAUGUGCUGAAUUCUACUCUUUCUUUGUGCCCUGGUAGACUGGAUGACUCUUCUCUAAGAACAUUGUUUUAUGAAGCGAUGGCUAUUGUUAAUAGUCGACCAUUAACUGUGGAUGGAAUAAACGACCCAAAAUCACUAGAACCUUUAACUCCUAAUCAUCUUGUUUUAAUGAAAUCCGAGACUGCUCUUCCUCCCCCAGGGAAGUUUCUAAAGGAAGACGUGUAUUCUACAAAAAGGUGGCGCCGGGUUCAGUACUUGAUUGAACAGUUUUGGAGUCGUUGGAAAAGGGAAUAUCUCCUGAAUAUAUCCACAAGACAGAAGUGGCACGUACCUCAAGGUAAUCUUAAAGUAAAUGACAUUGUAAUCAUUAAAGAUGACAUGCUUCCUAGAAACAAAUGGCAAUUAGGUAGGGUUGGUGAGGUUUUUCCAGGUAACGAUGGCCUUGUUAGACGCGUUAAAGUUCAAACAGGAGAACAAAAACAGAAAACGGGGUUGGGGCACCAUUCUUGAAUGAGUUCACCAUUCAGUUAUUGAGCGACCAAUCCAAAAAUUGGUUGUUAUAGUUGAGUGAUUAGUUGCAACUUUCUUGCAUCAGACAAAUAAUGUUAAUUUUGUAUGUGGAUUUAUUUUGUGAGUUAAAUUUGAAGUUAAAAUCAUGUAUGAUAUUUGUUUUGUUUGAUUCAUACCAUGAUUUGGUGGGAGUGUAACUGCCCAUGAUUUAAUGCACUCGCUUUGCUUGCCCUAAUUGAAGUCACCACAGGAGGGUGCUCUAGACUAAUAGGAUUUAAGUGAGACAAAGCAGAGUAAAAGCAAUUCACAUUUGUUCACGAGCUAACAGGCACAGCUCGGAAGAAUGCCUUGAGCUUUUAGUGUCCCUUCGGCAAGCAGAGCGAGGUAUGUUUUGUUUAUUGUUUGAUUUAUUUGGAAAAUGUUAGAUGUUUUGUAAAUGUUUGUUGUUUAUUUUUCUAUGUUGUUUGUUUUCUCUAGUUUUACGGUGCUUUUGGUGCUUUCGGUGCUUUGGUCUUUUGAUGCUUCGGUGUAUACAACAAAGAACUGAGACAAUGAUGAUUUAUGUGAUGAACUUUAUUGCAUCCAAGUAAACCAUUUUAAAUG